GCUGCUAAUGUUUUUCUCUCUGUUUUUAACUCCUCUCCCUCCGCCCCCCACCUCCCUCUCUCUCUCUCCCUCUCUCUCUCUCCCUCUCUCUCGCGCAUAACAGUGAAGGGGAAGGGGGGCUCAUCCCGGCAUCCUGAGGGGAGGUAAUUUGCACGGAUCAAGGGGGCAAGGCGCCGCAAAGUAUAAAUACUGUGACUUCAAUAGAGGAUCACCAGCAGGUUCCCUACUCCGCUACCAAAGGAGGGAGGAAUUGGCUGAGAAGAUUUAUUCUUUAUAUAUAUAUUUUUUACAUUUUUCUUCCAGAGUUGGCAGCUCUCGCCUCGUACAGGCGAAUUGUUUUCAAGGGUUCGGCUUUAAAACGAGCCACACCAUUGAUGUCUUUAAGCAGUCGUGGAGCAAAGGGGGAGAGAGAGUGUGUGUGAGAGAGUGUGUGUGAGCGAGAGUGUGUGGUGAUUUUUUUUUUUUUUUUUUUUUUUUUAAGAGGAGACAAGGUAGUGAUGGAAGAGCUCACCGCUUUCGUAUCUAAGUCGUUCGAUCAGAAAGUGAAGGAGAAGAAGGAAGUGAUAACCUACCGGGAGGUGCUGGAGACUGGGUCGACGCGAGCGGGAAGCAGGGAGUCUUUAACCGGGAGCCGAGAGGAGGCAGCAGCCGUCCCCCGGAUCGGUGCGCUCUCGCCGGGCAGGGAAACGGACAUGCUCGGCCCGGAAAGAAUCAGGGAUGCCGGGAGCCCCAAACUCACGGACGGCAACACGGACGUGAAGGAGAGGAAAGAGGACUCGAAGCCUCUGGAGGACGAGGCGCAGACCAAAAUCAAACAGAGGAGAAGUCGGACUAACUUCACAUUAGAGCAGCUCAACGAGCUGGAGCGGCUCUUCGACGAGACCCACUACCCGGACGCCUUCAUGCGGGAGGAGCUGAGCCAGCGGCUGGGACUGUCGGAGGCCCGAGUGCAGGUUUGGUUCCAGAAUAGAAGAGCCAAAUGCAGAAAGCAAGAGAACCAAUUACAUAAAGGAGUCCUGAUUGGAGCAGCGAAUCAGUUUGAAGCUUGUCGUGUUGCGCCAUAUGUCAACGUGGGUGCUCUGCGGAUGCCAUUCCAACAGGCAAGUCACUUUGAAGCCUCUAGUCUUAAAAUCAGACCAACCCCCGGACUGCUGUCUCGGCACUGGCUGUGCCCGAGUGCUGUGCAGAGAAUAACCAAACUCUUAUUACCGCACCGGCAAAAGCACUGAGCCGACACAGCGCAGCCUGUAAUUGGGAAAGUACCUCUAUUUGUUUAAUGGCUCAUUUCGGCCUACUUUUGUGGAGCAAGAGCUUCAGAGGCCAGGAGGUUCCCUGUGUUUAUUUGGUAACCGGUUGUGAUGAGAGUCUGGGCAGAAUAGGACAAAACACUAUUUAUAUUGCAUUACAUUUGUGAAGCCUGUCCUUACUUUUGAGCACCACUGGGUUAUUAUCUUGUAUGCAAAGGGCCCAAUAUCCCCAAAGGCAAUGCCUUGAGAUUAGAUUUCAUGCUAUUGAUGUCCAAAUAAAAACUCAAAUGUGACCUUUGAUUCACAAGAGCUGCAGUCAAUAAUAUCCGUACAUGCCACCGAGUUAUAUUGCUCAAUGACUCUGGGAUUGGACCCUUAAGUGCAACUGAAUGAUGACACACAUUGGCCAGCCUGCAUCCUCGGAGUACACAGCUAAAAUGUAACCACUCCGACCACAUUGACACACGUGAAAUGACCGUUGAGACAAACUGCAAAGUUAACGCAUGUUCUCCCCUCCUCCUCCCCCUUCUCUC